UAGCGUACGGAUCUUCCUCCACUGACCUGACCGAAUGCGCGAGCACCAGGAAAUCAAUAAGAUCCUCGUCGAGUCUGGGGGCAUGGUGCAUGUGCCACCAGUCGGCAUGAAGCGGUACAGCGACCCGCUGUCGUUUCGGUCGCCGUGACGAACAUGUGGAACAACGAUGACCACUUCCGUCGCAGAGGAUGACCUCGAGUCCACCGGCGCAUUCUUGGAGGCGAACCCCAACCUGGUGGAGCGCUGGCUGAGGCACCAUGCGUCUCCCGAGCUGCGCCAGAGGGUCCACCAGGCCCUGCAGAACUCUCCCAAGAACUCCACCAUGACCCCGGACCUGUUCCAGUUGUGGCUGGCCGCCUCGCCAUCCAGAAACGAACACAAUCCUUCGCAAAAUGUCCGUCCUAACAAAGAUUUCGAUUCGAUGGAGGAAUCUGAGCUCUUCAUGGAACUGAUAAGAGAUGUGGCCAAUGAGCUGGAUAUCGAUGUACUUUGUCACAAGAUACUGAAGAAUGUGAAUAUUUUGACGCACGCCGAUAGGGGAUCUUUGUUUUUAGCUAGGGGGGUAGGUAGCGAUAAGUAUUUGGUAGCUAAGUUGUUCGAUGUUAGACAUGAUACGACGCUGGAAGAGGCUAUCAAGAUGGCAAGGGCUGAGGAGAUAAGGAUACCUUUCGGAGUUGGUAUUGCUGGAAGCGUGGCCCAGAGCAAGACGCUCAUCAACAUCAAGGACGCUUACAACGAUAACCGUUUCAACAGCGAAAUAGACAUGCGUACUGGCUACAAAACGAACUCGAUCCUCUGCAUGCCCAUUUGCAAUUAUGAUGGUGACGUUAUAGGGGUGGCUCAAAUAAUAAACAAAACGAACGAUUGCCAAGAGUUUACCAAGCAUGAUGUGGAGGUUUUCCAAAGAUAUUUAACUUUUUGUGGCAUAGGAUUGCAGAAUGCUCAGCUUUUCGAAGUGUCCGUGCUGGAGUAUAAGCGAAAUCAGAUACUACUGAAUCUUGCUAGAAGUAUUUUCGAAGAGCAGAACAAUCUGGAAUGUCUAGUCACAAAAAUUAUGAAGCAGGCGCAGGAUCUUUUGAACUGUGAAAAAUGUGCUGUCUAUUUGAUGGAUUUGGAUCUAGGGGAAGCGAGUCAUCUAGAACGAAUCCUGGAACGUCCUGGAAGGGUGAUAGAACGCCAAGGGCCCCUGAACAGAGUAGAAAGCGGAGCUAUAACCGCGGAAGACAUGAGGGAGUUCGGCCUCAAGAAACCAUGUUCUUUCACCACCGUAUUCGAGCUGCGAGACGGUGGUAACAACACCCUCGUCUCAAGGCCAUCAUCCUACGAUCUGAAGACAUCGACGUUGGCCCAAAUUGCUGGUUACGCGGCUACGACCGGACAGAUCCUGAACAUAGGAGACGUGGGGGCCUGGCUUAACAUGCAACACACCGACGGCGAUGCUGAAUCGGCCAGGACGAUCCUGUGCAUGCCCAUCAUCAACGGACAAAAAAGACUGAUAGGUGUCGCUCAGCUGAUCAACAAGAAUAAUGGGGCGGUCUUCACCGAGUGCGAUGUGUCCCUAUUCGAGGCAUUCGCGAUAUUCUGCGGUCUCGGCAUCCACAACACCCAGAUGUAUGAGAACGCUUGCAAGUUGAUGGCCAAACAGAAAGUGGCGCUGGAGUGUCUUUCGUAUCACGCGACCGCUGGAAACGAUGAUACGGAAAAACUGGCAAAGGUGGAAAUCCCAUCGGCGGAAAAGUUCAAUUUGUACAGUUUCACGUUCAUCGAUUUCGAUCUGUCUGACGAGGAUACCUGUAAGGCUACCAUAAGGAUGUUUCUGGAGUGUGACCUUGUUCAGCAGUUUCUUAUACCAUACGAUGUCCUAUGCCGAUGGGUGCUGAGUGUGAAGAAGAAUUAUAGACCAGUGAAGUACCACAAUUGGAGGCAUGCUCUGAAUGUAACGCAGACCAUGUUCGCCAUGUUCAAAACGGGCAAAAUGGAGAGGUUCAUGACAGAUUUGGAGAUACUUGGUCUUCUGGUUGCAUGCCUUUGUCACGAUCUGGAUCACAGGGGGACAAAUAACGCCUUUCAAACAAAAACUGAGUCGCCUCUGGCCAUUCUAUAUUCUACCAGUACCAUGGAGCAUCAUCAUUUCGAUCAGUGCGUCAUGAUCCUGAAUACCGACAGCAAUAAUAUAUUCCAAGCAUUAUCACCUUACGACUACCGAAAAGUGAUGAAGUUGGUAGAAACUGCAAUUUUAUCGACUGAUUUAGCAAUGUACUUCAAAAAAAGGAAUAAAUUUUUAGAACUAAUAGAAAACGGGGAAUUUGACUGGCAAAGCGACGAUAAAAAAGAACUUCUAUCGGGUAUGAUGAUGACAGCAUGCGAUGUUAGUGCUAUAGCAAAACCUUGGGAAGUUCAGCAUAGGGUGGCCAAAUUGGUGGCUGAUGAGUUUUUUGACCAAGGGGACUUGGAGAAGAUGCAACUGAAAGAACAGCCUAUCGCAAUGAUGGAUAGAGAAAGAAAAGAUGAGUUACCCCAGAUGCAAGUUGGUUUCAUAGACGUCAUUUGCCUUCCAUUGUAUAAAGUUUUGUCCGACACAUUUCCUUGGGUGCAGCCCUUGUAUCAAGGAACGUUAGAAAACCGAAGGAAUUGGCAGGACCUGGCAGAGAAAGUCGAAAUGGGUCUAACCUGGAUCGAUCAUGACACAAUCAAUGAAGCGUUCAAAGAUGCCGAAGAGACAAAAGACAUUGAAUUCACGGUCCAAACAUUCAAUACUGUCGCCAGCAACCAGGGAAGUCAAUAUGUCGAGUCGAAAAUGAAGAGGAACAAAACGAAAUUCUGUUGUGUAUUGUGACAAAGCCACUCCCACGAGCAAUUUCUUCAGACAUCUUGAAAACAUACUCUUUACAAGUUCUAUACCUACUCAGUUAUAAAUUCUACCUACUCUAUUAGAUUUCCUUUAUUUUUAUAGAAGGAUCAGCAAUCUAAUACUUACAAUUGUGAUCUCUAAAUAAGACAUCUAACAUAUUUUAAGACGUGUAAAUAAUAAAGAAUUUGUUAUCCAAAAA